UUGGAACUCAUCUGAAUUCCAUUUAAAAAAAGUCACCUAUCCUUCACUCCCUUCUUGCCUUUCAUUGGAGACACCACAGUAGCUUGUGGUGUUGUGUGCAUUUGGCUGCUUCUAUUGAUAUACCCCUCUGCAUUUCCCAUCCGCCACUUGUUGGUUUCUUUCUUAUUCCAAAGUUCCUGCAUACUCAUGAUGCCUUCCCUCAGCAAGGCUGUUUAUGGCCUGUUGGCCGCUGCGGCUUUCGCUGCUGCAUCCGAUGUUACGCAGCUGAAGAAGGACAGCUUCGACGAGUACAUCAAGAGCAACGAUAUUGUUCUUGCUGAAUUCUUCGCCCCUUGGUGCGGUCACUGCAAGGCCCUCGCGCCCGAGUACGAGGAGGCCGCCACCACCCUCAAGGAGAAGGACAUCAAGCUUGUCAAGGUCGACUGCACAGAGGAGUCUGAUCUCUGCCAGCAAUACGGCGUUGAGGGCUACCCUACCCUCAAGGUCUUCCGUGGCAUUGACAACCACACUCCCUACAAGGGCCAGCGAAAAGCCGCUGCCAUCACCUCCUACAUGAUUAAGCAGGCCCUGCCUGCUGUCUCCGUCCUUACGUCCGACACCCUCGAGGACUUCAAGAAGGCCGACAAGGUCGUCCUCGUCGCAUACUUUGACGCCGCAGACAAGUCCUCCAACGAGACCUUCACACAGGCUGCCGAGAAGCUCCGGGAUAACUACCCAUUCGGUGCCAGCAGCGAUGCUGCUCUCGCUGAGGCCGAGGGUAUCAAGGUGCCUGCUGUUGUGCUCUACAAGGACUUUGACGAGGGCAAGUCCGUGUUCACCGACAAGUUCGACGUCGACGCUAUUGAGAACUUCGCCAAGAUCGCCGCCACACCCCUCAUUGGCGAAGUCGGCCCCGAGACCUACUCGGUCUACAUGUCCGCCAAGAAGCCCCUGGCCUACAUCUUUGCCGAGACGCCUGAGGAGCGCAAGGAGCUGAGCGACAAGCUCAAGUCCAUCGCCGAGGCCCACCGUGGUGCCAUCAACUUUGCCACCAUCGACGCCAAGCAGUUUGGUGCUCACGCUGGCAACCUGAACCUCAAGGCGGACCAGUUCCCCGCCUUCGCCAUCCAGGAUACGGAGAAGAACCAGAAGUUCCCCUUUGACCAGGAGAAGGAGAUUACCGAGGCAGACAUUAAGCAGUUUGUCGACGACUUCGUCUCUGGCAAGAUUGAGCCCAGCAUCAAGUCCGAGCCCAUUCCCGAGAACAACGACGGCCCUGUGACCGUUGUCGUCGCCAAGACGUAUGAACAGAUUGUCCUUGAUGACACCAAGGAUGUCCUGAUCGAGUUCUACGCUCCCUGGUGCGGUCACUGCAAGGCUCUGGCUCCCAAGUACGAGGAGCUCGGCGCCAUGUUCGCCAACUCUGAGUUCAAGGACCAGGUUGUCAUCGCCAAGGUUGACGCCACCAGCAACGACGUGCCCGAUGAGGUCCAGGGCUUCCCCACCAUCAAGCUGUACCCUGCCGGCGCGAAGAAGGAGCCCAUUACCUACAGCGGCUCCCGGACUGUUGAGGAUAUCGCCGCCUUCAUUGCCGAGAACGGCAAGUACAAGGCCAAGGUGUCCAAGACGGAGGAGGAGACUCCUGUUGCGCCCGCGGCUUCUGAGGCAACUGAGGCGUCUGAGGAGGCCAAGGAGACCAAGGAGGCUGAGCACGACGAGCUGUGAGGAAAUAGCAAGUUGGAGGAGGUUCUGUUAUGAGCUGCAUGAUGAAAACGGGACUGCCUUGAUACUCUUUUUUGUUUUUUUUUUGUACUACUUGUCUUUGGGUCUGUUCUCGGUUAUCGGGUUUUAGGGAUUAGGGCCACGAGUCAAAACAGUCUUCAAGGAGCAUUCGGAUAAUGAAACUACUUUUUUUUCUCUCU